UGACAGUAAAAUCCAUGCUGGCUUGCGGAUUGCUAUCGAAUUCAUUACUCGUGGUGUCGAAAAAUGAACUGAACUUUAAAUAAAAAUGGGUGGAAAUCGUGGAAAUACGUUUACCAAGUAUACGAAAUAUUCAGUUAAAGAGUUAGAAUCAUAUGUAGCCGAUCGCAAUGCAUGUGUGCAAAAGCUGAAUUGGCUCGAUUUAGUAUCAGUGCUUCCAAAGUAUCUAGGAAAUAUACCGGAGGGAGUUCGAGAAUAUCUUACUGCUAAAAUUGGAACAUAUGAUCGCAAAGUGGAUGGCAUUAUAUUGGCCUUCAAGAAUACCAAGAUCUUGAGUCCGCUGUCGGCAAUACGUCCAAACAGCGUCCGGUUGCAUAUGCAAGUUCGGUCAGAUUUCUAUGUGUUCCGACCGCAGUGUGGCUCAGUAAUAGAGGGCACGGCCAAUUAUGUAUCCAGCAACUACAUUAGUGCCGUUAUCUAUCGGGUAUUCAAUGUGACCAUUAAACUGGGAUCCCAGAAACAGCUUCGAGACAUUGGCCAGGGAAGCGUGGUCAGCUUCAGAAUUAAAUCUUACGACAUGAAAAGUGACCUUCCCUAUAUUGAAGGUGAACUGAUUGGCAAAACUUUAAAGCCCGAAAUUGAACUCAAUGGAGUGAAAGUAAAAUCCGAAAUACCAUAUUCUAAUGGCAAAAUAGAUAAUACUGACAAAAAUGAAGCCACAGAGAUCCGGCUAGGUAUUUCGGAGGUAUGCAAUGUCAUUCCAUCUCCAAGCAAGGAAACAAAAGUUAAGGUGGAGAUCGAAAAACCUAACAAAAAGCGUAAACAUACGACCGAAUCAGCUAAUGGUAUAGCAGAUGAAGUCAAAAGGAACGGAGAACUUCUAUCGGACGAAGACAUGGACAAAUCUAUUCACGAUAUAAUAAGAGGGAUUAAACUAGAUUUGGAUGACAGUGGCGAAUCUGAGCAUAAUGUUACACUUACAAAUGGCGAUAUUUCUUGCGGCUCCAGUUCCAAAAAGCGAAAGAAGAAAAAGAAGAAAACGCAAGAGCAAGGACUCGAUAGCAUGGAAGCUGCUAUUCUUGAGAAAUACGCACUAGCAGAAUCAGGCGCAUUGCAGUCAGUAAACGUCCAAAACGACUCAACGGCUUCCUCUGCCAGCUCGAAAUCGAAGAAGAAGAAAAAGAAGAAAAAAUCGAAACCUUCCGAAGACGAUGAUUUUGAAUCGCAAAUCAUGGCAUCUCUAAUGAAAUAUGCUGACGAUGGGAAUGACGAGGAUAACCCUCAGCCAAAUGGGACAAAGUCUGCUAAAAAGAUUAAAAAGACCUCCAGAAAGUCGGUUCGAUUCGAUGACACAAUCACAGAAGCAUUGUACAAUACUUUCGACACAUCUGAACUGCUUGAAAUUUCCCAACUGCAAGCUCCAACGCUUUCUUCCACGCUAAAUGAUUGUGGUGAAUUGAAAAAUAAUUGAAUUAAGUUUUUUUUUAUCCUAUUCGAUAAAUUUUAUCUGUUAAAAAAAUAUAAUUACUAAUUAGUA